AUGACGGGGUGGGAGAAAGUGCCGGUUCGAAACAACAAGGCGAUGAUGAAGGCCGUGGCGCAGCAGCCCGUGCUCGUGUACCUAUCUUCGGGCACCAACGACUUCAUUAGCUACUCCGGCGGCAUUUUCGAUGGGAAUUGCAGUGGCGACAUUGACCAUGCGAUGCUGCUUGUUGGUUACAACCGAACUGACCCGGACAAUCCGUACUGGAUUCUGAAGAACACGUGGGGAAUCAACUGGGGCGAAAACGGCUACAUGCGCUUGAGGAUGAUACCAGACGGGAACGGCAAGUGUAACGUGAUGAGCGAAAACGCGAUUUACCCCGUUUUCUACGAGAAGAACAGCAGGGCGUGCGAGGUUAUCACGCCGAAUCCUUGCGGCGGAGGCGUGUGCGAAGUGCGAAGCGGCAGGGCGAGAUGUAACUGUCCCCCUGGCUUCGUUGAGCGUCUGGAGGAAAGUGCGCCCAAGUGUGUUACGGCUACACCGUGUGACGCUAAUCCCAAUCCCUGUGGUGUCGGGACAUGCAAUAACGAGUUCGACGGCACGUAUACCUGUUCCUGUCCUGCGGGCUCCGUGAUUGGUUCCCGAACCGACCGUGCCAUGACCUGCAUCGUAGGCUCGUUCCAGUCGGGUCUCCAAACCUACACCUGCUACGCUCCCUCCUUCCAAAUCGGCCAGCCCGUGUGCAUCUCCGGAACCAUCACCAACAUCCAGAAAAUCAAGCUCUCCCCCAACAUUAUCCCAUACAUCGUCCAAGCCAACGACACCCUCACUUCCAUAUCCACCGAUUUCUCCUCCCGCUGCUCCAACGCCUCGUACCCGGCCUCCAUCUGCGACUCAAACUCCCUCGCAGACUGCACCGAUCAGGCGAUUGUCGAGGGGCAGAUGCUUCUCAUCCCGUGCGAAAAGCUGGUCGGAAGCGAGAUCUGCGCAACUUCUCUUCCCGUGUGUGGGUUUGACGGGGUGACGUACACGUCGGUCUGUGCUGCAGUGGAGGCGUUUGCGCUUCCUCUUAUGCAUGAAGGCCCGUGUAACCUGUGUAGCGAAGGGCUCUGCUACAAGAGAACGGGGCAGAAACCGCCGAAAAGCAGCUGUGUGGCGCCGGUCGGAGUCUGCCCGUACCCACCCUGGCCGCUUUCCCAAGACUAUUUGUAUUACUGCCCGAUGAUGUUCAACACUCAGCAGGGCGGCAGUGAGCGGCUGGGAUUCCUCUGGAGAUUUGUUGGCUUUGGAGAAGUGGAGGCAGUAAGCAGCAGUGGUGCGUUGGAGGGGAUGGCGCAGACCUUUACUCCUCCCUCCUCCCUCCCUCCUCCCUCCCUCCUCCCUCGCGAGUGGCAGCUCCUCCCUCUCACCCUCAAUGCCUCCAAACUCUCUACCUGCCGUUCUCACACGCUCGUUCCCUCGUCCCCCCGUUACUGCGACCCCUGCCUUCAGACCAACCCAGCAGCAGCAGCAGCAGCAGCGGGUUACCCGUCCCUGUCACCCACGCCAAGCUCUCUCUACGUGCCUUUCACUCUCGACCUUUCCCUCGUCUCCCUUCUCUUUCCCCCUGCCUGCAGACCAACCCACCACAAGCAGCAGCAGCAGCAGCAGCAGCAGCAGCAAUGGCAGGUUACCCGUCACUGUCACCUACGCCAAGCUCUUUCUUUACGUACCUUUCUCCCUCGCCCUUUCCCUCGUCUUUCUUCUCUUCCCCCCUUGCCUGCAGACCCACCCACCACAAGCAGCACCAGCACCAGCACUAGCAGCAGCAGUGGCAGCAGCAGCAGCAGCACCACCACAGCAGCGGGAGAGGACGGCAUUUUUCGGCGGUAUUACAAGCCGGACGGCACGGAGCGAGCCACCAACCCCUACUCCUUCCUCAUCCCUCGCGGCUGGUUACCCGUCCCUGUCUCCCUAAACGACGCCAAGCUAUACGGCCUCGACUCUCGCUUUGUCUCCCCCACGCCUCCUGCCGCGCUGGGGGGCGGAGGAGGGGGAGCAACAGGGGCAGCGGGAGGGUAUGCGAGUGUGGUGGACGUGUUUGUGCUGCCCGUGGUUGAGUAG